AACUCCAGAACCAGAGCGCAGCAGAAUCCAUACCAACCUCAACCCCCGAGAGAACUCUCCGGCCGGAGCACGGGAGCGACCGACCGAGCGAUCCCCAAUCUCUUUUCCGGCCGCCGAUCCAGCCGGGGAAAAUUACUACCCCACAGUCACGACCGCACACUGCGACGGCGGCGACAGAGCAUACCCCGCCGCCACGAUGCCGUCCGCCUCCAGCGCCGUCCCAUCCGCCGUGGCGCCGGCAGACGAAUCCCAAUCCCUCGCCGCCCCGAAGGUCCUGCUCGGGAGGUACGAGCUGGGCGGGCUCCUCGGCCGCGGCGCCUCCGCCAAGGUGUACCGGGCCAGGGACCUCCUCACGGGCAGGGACGUGGCCAUCAAGUCCUUCCCCAACCCGCGGUCCGGCGCGCGCGACGGCGAGGGCUCCGCCGGGUCCGCCGCCAUUGAGCGGGAGGCGGCCAUCCUCGCCCGCCUGCGCCACCGCCACGUGGUGAGAUUGCACGAGAUACUGGGGACGCGCAAGAAGGUCCACUUCGUCCUCGAUCUCGCCGCCGGCGGGGAGCUGUUCUCGCUCGUCGACUCCGACGGCCGCAUGACGGAGGACCUCGCGCGGCAUUACUUCCGCCAGCUCGUGUCCGCCGUCCGGUACUGCCACUCCCGCGGCGUGUACCACCGCGACAUCAAGCCGGAGAACCUCUUGCUCGACGGCGACGGCGACCUCAAGGUCGCCGACUUCGGGCUCGGCGCCGUCGCGGACGAGAGCCUCCACCACACCCUCUGCGGCACCCCGGCCUACGUUGCGCCGGAGAUCCUCUCGAAGCAGGGGUACCACCCGGCCAAGGUCGACAUCUGGUCCUGCGGCGUGGUGCUCUUCGUCCUCGCCGCCGGCUACCUCCCCUUCAACGACGCCAGCCUCAUCAACAUGUACCGCAAGAUCUACGCCGGCCGGUUCCGGUGCCCGAACUGGUUCUCGCCGGCGCUCCGCCACCUGCUACGCCGCAUCCUCGACCCCAACCCGGGCACGCGCAUCGACACGGACGGCAUCAUGGAGCACCCCUGGUUCCGCCACGGCGCGAGCGGCGACGGCGAGCUGGAGAAGCUGAUGCGCGGGCACGAGGAGGAGGCGUGGUUCGAGACGGAGUUCAAGGAGGACAUGGCGCGGGACAUGACCGCGUUCGACAUCCUGGCCUUCUCGCCCGGCUCGGACCUCUCCGGGCUGUUCGGCGCCGGGCCGGGCACGGAGCGGGUGUUCGUCGGCGAGCCCGCCGCGGCCGUGCUGGCCCGGGUCGAGGACGCCGGGAAAAAGCAGGGGCACCGCGUGAGGAGGGAAGGAAAGAGCGGCGCCGGGCCGGUGUACCUGGAGGCUGAGGCCGGCGACAUUGUCGCCAAGGUGACCGUGUUCCGGAUCGCCGACACCGUGUCCGUGGUCGAGGUCGUGAAGGGCCACGGCCCGGAGGCCGCGGCGUUCUGGAACGACUGGCUCGAGCCGGCCGUGAAGCCUCAGGCAGUGUGAAAAAAGCUGCCGAGUGCGAGCCGGGUCUGGAACGUUAUGUCGCCUCGCCGUGUCGGUGCCGGUGACGGCAUGCCGCCGCCGCCGAGGGCGCGUGUGGUCGGAGAUUUCUUGUUUCAAACUUCCAGUGGCGAAUUCAUUUGGUUUUUCUUUUCGUUGGGUCGCGUUUGAACUUGCAAUGGCAUGCCACGGCACUGCCAGUGUGGUGGUGACUGCUACCUGGUCGGCGGACCUGCUCUGUACAAUAUGGUGGAAGGGAAGAAGAAUUCUUGCCAACUUGAGGCAACAAUCUCCAUCGUCAACAACUCACAGGGCGCGCGCAUCGACCGGCGGCAUGAACCUCACCUUCCGCGCCUCGGGCGCAAGAACGGCCGGGCGGAACGGAGAAGUACAACGAACCUGGACGAAAACCUGUACAGAUCCAUCCUGGGAGACGGCCACGGCGGCGCCGCCACAGAGCUCUCGAGUCGACGAGUCAACCAUAGUCGGAGAGUGAUCAUAAAAAAAAAACCAUAGUCAGAGAAGAAGAUCGACAGGGGGCUGCCGGGUUGCCUCCGGCAGCGUGUUGAGCAGCCGCCGGCGCGGGUCGGGAUUUGAUGUGCUCAUCGGCGAACUGUUUUCCUGUUUGGUGCAGUGCGUAAGCAGGACGUGUGGUGCCAUCUGGUGACCGGCGACCUGAAUCCAUAUAA